AUGCGCGUCCGACAGACGGGGAUUCUUGGCUCUAUACUUCACUUCAACGUCGUUUGGGGGACGCAAUGGCUUGUCAUCGGAGGGAAGGUGGGAUGGUCGCCAUUCAAUCGGCUAGAGAUAGAAUGGGCAUUCGAGUUCGAGCCAGUGGCUAUGCCGUACACCCCCACGUGCGCGCGCCAAAUGCCUGUUGCUUUGCAAAAACUCUUAGAACCUCAUGUCGACAGAAAUUUCUCUGUCCUGGCUCUACUAUAUGUGGACUUGGUGUGGGAAUUCGAAGACCUCGAUCGUCAACUACCCAUGAUCUAUGAAUACAUGGUUUUGUUAGUAGCCAGGGACCUCCUUCCGAGCUACCUCGCUAUAAUCCACCCGGCCAUCUCCGUCACAAGACCGGUCCACUGGAUGAAGUGGAUAGACCUCGGUCGUGGAAGGGUCGGUCAGGUAGGCUGGCUGGCCCUUCCUGCUUCGUACAUUGCUGCCGCCCCCGCCCCGCGGCCCCUCUACUCAGUAGUCAGUACUGUCUACCCACCAGCCCUCCCACUCAAGUCGGACGGACUAAGUGCUCAGUACGGAGCACUGCACUUCCUCUCCUGCCCACUGCCCACUGCCCCUCCCCUCCGCUGCUUACUCUACUACUAG